UUUGCGCGCAGCGGAAAACCGGGCCGAAAUUCGCCCGCUUGAUUUUUUUAUUAUUUUUUUUUGUUCGCCCGCUGCCCCGCCUGAAAACGGAUCUUUUCGCCGCAAAUUGGUGUAAAUCGAAAAGGGCGAUCGCGCGCGAUUUUUUCAGUGUGUGAAAAUGUGUCGAAAAUGAAAGAAGCGAAGGAGACGCAAAGAGAGCGAAAGAAAGAAGUGCGUGCCGACAAACGAGAGCGGCGAGAAGUGCCAAAAAUAUAAUAAAAUAAAAAAACAGGCAAAGUUAAGUGCAGAAGGGCGAAAGGAGAGCAAAGAACGAAGAAAGCGGCAAAGAGAGAGCGAAAGCAACGGAACGGCAACAAGUGGCGAAAAUGUGCGACUGACAAAUUGGUCAAAACUCCUGUUCCUCGCUCUCUCACUCAACUCACACUCUCUUUCUCUCUCUCCCUUGCCCACGCACAUCCGAAAUCCAUUUGCUAUCUCCCUCUCGCUGUAUUGCUUGUGGGAAAAGAAACAGGAACAGUCGGUCAAGUUCAAGUGGGAACGGAAGGGGAAAAGGAAACAUGCGGAGACCUGUUGCGUCUUUAAAUCGAAAUCACUACUUCGUCAUCGGCUUGGUCCUGGGCCUCCUGCUCAGCUUCUACAUUCCGCAGGACAUUUGGGAGCUGGUGCAGCAGGAGGAGUGUCCGCAGGAGGCCGCCGAGAAUCUGCUAAUCGAACGAUUUGGCCAGGAGUUCGAGCCCCAUCUGAACCUCAUCAACAAGCCGCUGGCGGCCAAAAAGCCGAUGCAGAAAUUUAUCCUACACCCUGCUUCUUAUUCGGUAAAAAAUGUGAUUCGUCCGCGCUACUAUUCCUCGGAACUGGGGAUCCGCGAGAAGCUCUUCAUCGGGGUGAUGACCUCGCAGGAGCACAUUAACACCUUUGCGACGGCCUUCAACCGCACCACGGCCCACCUGGUCAACAAGAUCAAGUUCUUCAUCUAUGCGGACAGUGUGAAGACCAACUACAAGCUGAAGAACAUUGUGGGCUUCACGGAUACGCGCGAGAGUCGACGGCCAUUCCACGUGGUCAAGUAUAUAGCGGACAACUAUCUGGAUGAGUAUGACUACUUCCUGUUGGUGCCGGACACCGUCUAUGUGGAUGCCCGCAAGCUGGUGAAGCUGCUCUAUCACAUGAGCAUCACAUUCGAUCUGUAUAUGGGUGGUGCCCGGAUUGGUUUGGAUCCGGCGGGCAGUGCCUCCAUCGCCGAUGGCCAAUCGAAUGAGCCGCCGGCGAACGAGGAGGAGGCCCCCGGGACGAGUGAUCGCAACUACUGCUCCCUAGAGGCGGGCAUUCUGCUCAGCAGCAGUGUCAUCCGUAAGAUGCGCAACAAUCUGGAGCGCUGCGUCCGGAUUGGGAGCACCAGUGACCACAGCGUCAACAUUGGGAGGUGUGUGAAGUACGCCAGUCGGGUGGCCGGAUGCCAGGAAAGCUUCCAGGGCAUGAGGCAGUAUAGCUACUCUUUGGAUGCGCCGGGCCGCCGACAUCGCGACUUCAGCGAGUUGGCCAAAGAGGAGGCCUUCCGCAAUGCCAGCACCGUGUAUCCCGUCCAGACGCCCGAGGACUUCUACCGUCUGCACGCCUACUACUCCAAGCACCACCUCGAGAAGGUGCAGGAGCGGGGCUAUGCACUGGAGCAGAAGUCAUAUCGCAUCGCCAACGGGAGCAUCUCGAACAAGAUCCUGGAGAUCCGCUGGCCACUGGGCGUGCCGCCGCCCAGUGCGCCGGAGACGCGCCACGACAUCCUCACGUGGCAGCUGCUGAACGGGACGCAUAGCUUCCUGCCGCACGGCAAUGCGGAGCACGCGGUGGCGCCGCUCUCGCGGAUCGAGGCCUUGGACUUUGCCAAAGUGCUGGAGAUAGCGCUGCAGUAUGCGGCCCUCAAGCAUCCGCGAUUGAGCUACCACAGUUUGCACAGUGCCUACCGGAAGUUCGAUGCCACAAGGGGCAUGGACUACCAGCUGCAUCUCAGUCUGCAGGAGGGAUCGGGCCGGAGUCGUCGACUGCUGGUCAAGAGCUUUGAGGUGGUGAAGCCACUGGGUCGCGUGGAGGUGGUCCCAUCGCCAUAUGUCACGGAGAGCACGAGAAUUGCCAUGUUGGUGCCCGCCUUUGAGCACCAGGUGCCGGAUGCUCUGCAGUUUGUGGAACAGUACGAGAGGAUUUGCAUGCAAAACCAGGACAACACCUUCCUGCUGCUGAUCUUCAUGUACCGCCUGGAGUCGCCCAGCAAGGGUGACGAGGAUCCUUUCAAGGCAUUGAAGACGCUGGCCUUGGACCUGUCCUCCAAAUACAAAACGGAUGGCUCGCGGAUCGCCUGGGUAUCCAUUCGGCUGCCGGAGCAGCUGAGCAAUCCGGUAGAUCCGCAGGACUGGCUGUUGCACGCCUCCAUGUACGGACCGCGCCAGCUGCUCAGCUUGGUGGUGGCGGACCUGGCGCUGCCCAAGCUCGGUCUCGAAUCGCUCGUGCUCCUGGCCACCCCGGGCAUGGUCUUCAAGGCCGACUUCCUCAACCGCGUGCGCAUGAACACGAUCCAGGGCUUCCAGGUGUACGCGCCGAUCGGCUUCCAGAUGUACCCAUGCCGGUGGGCGCAGUUCUGCCGGGAGUGCGACACCUGCGACGUUAGCCAGAGUAGCGGUUACUUUGAUCGCCGCAACCACGACGUGAUCGCCUUCUACAGUCGGGAUUAUGUCCAGGCCCGCAAGCUGUUGCAUCCGCAGGGACUGCCAAUCAUCCGCAGCGACCUGGACAUCGACCAGUUGCUGUUGCAGCCCGGCGAGGAGACGCGACCACCGGGCGUGGAGAGCAUCCUCGAUAUGUUCGUGGCCGCACAGCACUCGGUGCACAUACUGCGUGGCGUGGAGCCGAACCUUCGCUUCGGCCAGGAUGUGCGGAACCACCUGGCACGUGCCGGAUCGCUGCCGGAGAGCCAGCCGGAGCGCUGUGGUCGGGAGCAGUGCAUCCACUUGGCGUCCCGCAAGCAGAUCGGCGACGCCAUCAUUCGCUACGAGGACAAAAGUAUUCUGCACAAAUAGCAUGGAUCCAAUCGCAUCUUUCGCCAGCUCCAGCUCCAACUCCAGCUCCUGCUCCUGCCUGUUAUAUCAUCAGUUCCUUUUUAAUAUAUUUCCAUGUGUACAUGAUCGCGUGAUUGAAGUGAGUGUGAGUGUGUGUGUGUGUGCAUGUCGAAUAGAUCUUAUGCAGGACUUAUUAUGAGCAAUCUUAUACUCGCACCCAAAAGGCUUAAACCCCAUUUAGAAAUCAAUUUCGAAGGUGGCUUCCAAGUGUAAGACGAAGACCUGUAGCGGACCUUUCUCAAUCCCAACUUAGUGUUUAGGCCUAGGCAAUUCCCGUUGUUGCUUGCUUUAAAGUGAAACUUUCAAUGCUCAAAAUGGUAAACAGCAAUUAGUUGUAGUUAAACUAAACGUAGAUGGACAGUUGUAGGACAGUUGUUCGAGCCAUUUCAAACAGACAUUCAAUUUUCGCAUGUAAAUACUUAGCAUACGCCGCCUAACUCUAUUAACAAUUCCUAUCUUUCAUACGUUAGUCAGGCGCACCAUUGACUCCUAUUUAAAUGACUAGUUAAGCUAAGUGUUAUACUACUACGAUCUAAGUGAAACGAACGAUGUGGCUGUACGAAAAACAAACAAAACAAAUGAAAUGCCGCCUUGCCUCAACGUGUUACAAUCCCUAUGAAUGGGCUCUCUCAAAAACGGUGUGCCAAAAAAGGAAAUAUUAGUAGAAAAACUGGUUUAAAUUAAGGAGUGCUUACUUUCUACUUUGUCAAGUAAAAAAUGUAAAAAAAAAACAAACUAGAUAUCGGCUAAGAGAAUAUAUAAUUCCGUCAACAUAUCGAAAAAGAAAGGGAAAACUAUUUAAUAAAUAAAAGUAUUGAUAAGAUAAUGUCACGUUUUUGUAUGCCAAUAUAAAACCCAUAGAUGAGCUUUGUAAAUAAAUUAAUACACUUAAAAAAAAAUCAGGUGAAAUUGUAUUUUAAACUUAGUAUUAUUAAGUGCUUGCCAGCUUCUCUUAGCCGAUAUCUACUGUAACAACGAGACUUGUAGUUAAUUUUGAUCAUUUGCCAGCACAUCAGUCUUAGCAUCGAAUAAGAAGUCUGCCAGUCAAAUUCUUAUUAUUACGAUUACGAAGGGGAAAUUCGAUUAAUUUAUUUAAAAAUGUAAUAUAUAUAUAUAUAUGAACACUCGCCAGGAGAAGUCCUCCUCCCCUUGUCACCCCAAAAAAAAAAUAAAACUUUUUUUACAUUUAGUCAUAGUAUAAAAUUACUGUAUAUGUGUACUAUUUAUGUAUAGGAAUUGUUAUUGCAGAAUAAUACAAAUUAUGUAUGUGCAUAUGUACAAUAAA